CUCUGGUGGUAGGCGGUUUGGGGAAGAGGCAGGGGUGAGCAGUGAAAGGAAAUGCAUGAACUCCAGUGACCGUUGUAGCCUUUUUGAUCGUUUGGGUUGUACUUUCGUUUAUUUAGUAAAUAUUUGCAUAGUUGUCUCCAGGUUAAUGGUCAUGUAAAAUCGUCACAAUACCCGCUCUGUUUCUCUGAGGGUGAGCGCCACGGUAAUUUAUGCAAGCAAUGAGGGGUCGGCAGACGGACUGAAUGCAUUUUGAUAUUGUUGUCUCUAACGCUUCAAGAAGGCUUGUAAUUGCUACAAGCAAAAAUGGUUUCAAAUUAACUUUUAGUUUAACAAUACUUUUGUUUUGAUGUACGUAUUUUUACUUAGAUAGCCUGUUUGUGUCUCCGAAUUCUUUUCAUUUGAUUGUGUUUGCUUUUGUCGGAGGUCGGCUACUGUCUCCAUAAAGCAAGGAUUUUUAAUAUGAGGAAGCUAUUUAUUACUGAGAUACCAAGCAGAGAGAGGCCUUUCCGCUUUCAAGCCCGGAUUUGAGUUCAAAAGGGGGCAAAUGGUGAAAACCCCAGAUGGAUGAAAUACUGACUUCACGGAACAAAAGAUUGGAGAAGCUGCUUCGUUUCGUGCAAGUUUGAUGCAGCAGAAAAGAUACCAACCUCUUUCUAUAUGAAGAUUACUACUGUUAUAAUAUUUGACGCAUCAGUCAAUCGGGAGUCUGACGUGGGUGGAAUUGACACAUUUGUAGUUGUGUCACAUUCCAUCGUUUCAGUUUGAUUUUAUGUUACUUUAGCAUUACAGCUGGACUCAGCGUUGAACGUUGUUCAAUGGCAGUAUGUUAUCAGUUACCGGUUUUGCCUCUAGACAGGCCGGUUCCUAAACAUGUUCUCAGUCGAAGGGGAGCCAUCAGCUUCAGCUCCAGCUCAUCUCUUUUUGGGGGACCUUCUCCAAGACCGCUGUCAAAGAGACGCGGGGCAAUCUCCUACGACAGUGAAGAUCAGACGGCUCUCUACAUCCGCAUGCUAGGUGCGUGGGACAUUCACCUGGAUGUGAGAGUCAGUCGCCAGGCCGGGUUUGUCGAACUAGAGAGACGAGGUUCUAAUCCUAACACAUAUGUCGACUUCCGAACUUUGCACUCUCCACCUGAUUCUGCGGAGCCUGUGUCUGCCAGGAAAGUCCGCAGGUUACAGAGCUUCCAGAGGUACCUCCACUCUUCACGGUUCUUCCGGGGCCUCCCAGCUCUCAACCCUCUUUCCAUCCUUGAUGAUGACUACUUAGGUCAAGCCAAGUGUAUGCUAAAGAAGGUUGGGACCUGGAACUUUGAUAUUUUUUUGUUUGACAGACUGACAAAUGGGAACAGCCUCGUCAACCUAACAUUUCACUUAUUUAACCAGUAUGGCUUGAUUGAGCUCUUCCAGUUGGACAUGGUUAAGCUGAGACGAUUUUUAGUCAUGAUCCAAGAGGAUUACCGUAGCCAGAAUCCCUACCAUAAUGCAGUCCAUGCUGCUGAUGUGACUCAGGCAAUGUACUGUUACCUACAAGAACCCAAGCUUGCCAAGACACUCACUUCCUGUGACAUACUGUUGGGCUUAGUGGCUGCUGCCACCCAUGAUCUGGACCAUCCAGGUGUCAACCAACCUUUUCUUAUUAAAACAGACCAUUACCUCGCUGCACUGUACAAGAACACAUCUGUUCUGGAGAACCACCACUGGAAGUCUGCAGUGGCACUGCUCAGAGAGUCGGCCCUGCUCUCCCACCUCCCUGCAGAAGACAGAAUGAACAUGGAGCAGCGACUUGGAUCUAUAAUCCUGGCCACAGACAUCAGCCGCCAGAAUAAGUAUUUGUCUGAGUUCCGGACACAUUUGGACAAGGGAGAACUCUGUCUUGGAGACCCAUGGUACCGGCACUUUAUUCUCCAGAUGGCCAUGAAGUGUGCAGAUAUCUGUAACCCCUGCCGACCAUGGAAACUCUGUAAACUGUGGAGCGAAAAGGUUACAGAAGAGUUCUUCCACCAAGGAGAUAUCGAAAGGAAACAUAAUCUUGAAGUAACCCCACUCUGUGAUCGACAAUCCAACUCAGUGGCCAACAUACAAAUUGGUUUCAUCACGUACGUAGUAGAGCCUCUGUUCAGGGAGUGGGCUCGUUUCUCUGACACUCGCCUCUCCCAGACCAUGUUGGACCACCUGAGCUUGAACAAGGCAGGCUGGAAAGGGUCUCCGCCAGAGGACUCAUCUGAUAAACUAGCCCCUGGCCCCACUCCUGCCCCUAAGGACAGUCACUCCAAAGUAUUACCUCAGGGAAGCAAAGACUUGUGACACACCAAAAGUGCCCGGCAGUGCCAAAGGAGGUGUGAAGGCACAAGGGCACAGGGGAAUCGAUUUCAGACUGUAACAUUACUCAACCCACCAUGUCCACCUCAGCCAACACGCUCCCUCUCCUCUAGGUAUACCACUGAUUCUUUAUUUUUUCACCUAAUUUAACUUAAUUUAUUUUUUCUUUAACGUGGAGUAAUACGUAGAUACCUCAUGUUGCUUCUGCUGUAUUUUUGUUUUAAGUUUAUAAUGUAUUUAUUUUUUCUGUAGCUCCGUAUUGGCAUUACUAAUUUAACACGCCACACUUUUUAUAAAUGGAAGGGAAUAUUUUCAUACAAAACAAUAAAAAAAGAUCUUCUGAUUAAAGUGCCAUUUGCUAAAUAAAUAUUUUAGUGCUUUGUGUUAGAAGAGUAUGGUAAGAGAAGCCUUGUGCUUAGAGAGGUUCAUUUUUUCAGACAAGCCUAUGUGAGGUGCUGCAUUCGAGACUUAAUCUUCCUGAUAACACAUAACGGGUGCUCUGUAUCUGUGGUAGUGCUGUUAUGACCUUAAUAGCAACACUGUUUUAGCAUUUAAUUAUUACACAGUAUUAGAAAGGUCAACAGUCAACAAUCAUUUUAAGACAAGUGAUUCCACUUGAACAAAUUCAAGUGUACAAGUUAUGUAAAUUAUAAAACUGUUACUGAUUACCUUGAAACAUUUGACUGUUUAUAACAAUGUUAAUACAUUGUCAUUGCUAAAGUCAUAACAGCUUAGUGACACAGGCAUAUGAGCAGCUUAAUGUAAGUGUGUCCAUCUUCCUCAUCAUAUGACUAAUUGAGUGAAAAGCCCACAUCAACUGCUGCCUCUGAACUGUUUACAAGCACAGAUUUUGUGUUGUAUUUUACAAAUGAAACAUUGGUUCUGUUUAAAAAAAGAAUAAUAAUAACGAAAGAAAGAAGCACAUACUGUAAGUGUAAUAACCACUUGAAAUAUUCUUACUUACUGAACAAACAUCUGGAUCACAGAUCAACACACCAAAUACCAUUGAAGGACUGCCCUUAGUCCAUGCUCCUUGCACUGUGAAAUGUGACAGCAAAGUUUAUAUUGAAUAUGGUAUGAAAUUUGUUUUAUAAUGAUAGGUUGUAUGAAGUUGGUGAUUUAAACCAAGCCUACAAAUUAUAUUGUUUCGUAAGAGGGAUAAGGUGGCAUAUGUGGCCUUACCAGCCGUUCAACACUUGAAAAACCACUUUUUCAUAUUAGUAGCACAUGGCCAAAAUGUUUUUCAGUUUAGCAGUAUGAAUGGGGCCCACAAUUUUCUUUUUCUUUAGGGGGGUUUGGGUGCUUUGGUGGAAAAACUUAAGUCCCAAAAAUACAACAAUUUAUUUGCUAUGAGGAGAUGUAGUGGGACAUGACAUACCACAAUGUUGUAAUAUGAGAGAAUUCAGCCCGUUUCAGAAUGACACAAAAUAAAAGACACAUAAUGACUGCAACAAAUGCCUUUAAGCUAUGCACGAAACUCAGUGACCAAACCCUUUUUUUCUAUUUGAUGAAAGGACUGUUGUCUCCCAAUGCAUUGUUCAACUGUUUGCCCUCAGUUUAAAAAACGUUUCUUUUUUUUUCAUUAAUAGACAGUAACUCAAACAUUCCAUAUUUGAUUUGUGGUUUUGUUCCUGUAUUCUAGACACUAUUGUGUCUAUUUGGACUUUUUAUAAUAUAAAACGAACCCUGGUGCUUUUCAUAUAAUGGCAAAUGUGUAUUUUCUGGAAAUUUCUUUAAUAUUACUGUUUACCAAUUUGAUGUAACUCAUUUUGGGGGUUAGGAUCUUGCGUGGCAAGCUAUUGUUUUUUUUAGGGGGAAGAUUUGCUAAAUUGAUAUUUUGAUACAUGCCAGUUGCAGUUACAUUUUCAUUAAUAAAACGUUGUCACAUGA